AUGAAAACCACCACCCGUUUCCGACAAUUGCUCGCCGAGCCCGGGAUCAUCACGGCCCCCGGCGCCUACGACUGCCUCACGGCCGCCAUAAUCGAGCGCACCGGUUUUCCGGCGGUGUACAUGACCGGAGCCGGGACCUCGGUUGCCCGCAUCGGCUACCCCGACCUGGCGCUGGCCACGGCCACGGAGAUGCUCGCCAACGCGGCGGCUAUCGCCUCCACCGUCAGCGUCCCCGUGAUCGCCGACGCCGACACCGGCUACGGCGGCACCAUGAAUGUGCGUCGCACCAUCCGUGAUUACGAGCGGACCGGCGCAGCGGCGGUGCACAUCGAAGACCAGCAGUUCCCCAAGCGCUGCGGCCACCUGGAGGACAAGCGGGUGGUGCCGAUCGACGAGAUGGUGCAGAAAAUUCACGCCGCCGUCGACGCUCGCACCGAUGACGAUUUCACCAUCAUCGUCCGCACCGACGCGCUGGCCGUCACCGGUUGGGAUGACACCAUGCGCCGCUGCGACGCCUUCACCGCGGCCGGCGCCGAUGCGCUGUUCGUGGAGGCGAUCCGGUCCGCAGACGAAGCCGCCGAAGUGGUCGCCCGCACUUCGGUCCCGCUUCUCUACAACUUCGUGGAAACCGGCAAGUCUCCCUUGCUCAACGUUUCUGAACUGGAAGACCUGGGGUUCAAGAUGGUCAUUUUCCCCGGCAGCGCCUUCAUGUCGGUGGCCCACACCGUGGCUCGGGUCAUGGCGGAACUCAAGGCCACUGGAACUACCGAGCAUCUGGUGGGCGAAAUGACCCCUCUCACCGAGGCCUUUGAACUCAUGGGUCUGUCACAAAUGCUGGAGCGGGACAGCGGAUACGCAGUUGAGAACGAAGUGGUGGCCGCCGACUGA